AUGACUACAAAAGUAAUAAAUGGAUGUUCAAAAUUUAACUGUUCAAGAACUCAGGAAUCACGGCUUUGUAAAUGUCCUCCUGAAAUUAAUCCUCAUCUCACGAACCAGUCGCUUCCUUAUAAUUCAUCCCUUCAGUUCGAUUGCUUCCUGAGAGGUUUCCCAGUACCUGAGGUACUCUGGACUAAAGAUGGGGUGAAUAUCGGCAACAACAACACUUUCACGAUUCGUCAAGCGAGGCUGGAGGACUCUGGCCAAUACGCAUGCAGCGCCACAAACAGUUUAGGAAACAAGACAUCAACACUCUGGAUUGAAGUUAUCGGAGUCUCUCCCCAGAUCACUGAGUCUCCAAUAAACCAGACUGUUACCGAAGGAUACUCUGUCAACUUCAGUUGCCGAGCGUCAGGAAUACCAACACCAACAUUAGCCUGGGUUUUUAAUAAUAGUGACCUACCAUCUGGUAGCAAUAAAACCGAUCAAGAAGUAGAGUCAAUCCUGGAAUUGACACGUGUCACAAAAGAGAUGAAGGGGACUUACAAAUGUACGGCAACAAAUAAGGAAAGUUCAACUAGUUCCUCUGCAACACUAAUUGUUUAUGGUAAAGCCUCUGCUCAAGUUGUGUCAGAGUCACAUCAAACACUCACAACGGGAGACGUCUUUGCAUUGACCUGUAAAGUCAACGAGGAAACCAUAAACAUAGCUUGGAAAAAAGAUGGAGAAUCAUUAAAAGAACGAGCAGUUAUAGAUACCAGACUACAUGCGAGAAAGAGUAAACUUGUUAUUACUGAAGUUGUGGAAGAGGACAGUGGUGAAUAUUCUUGUGAAGCAAGUAACAAGGCAGGAACUGUGGCUCACUCUUCUGUGAUAUUGGAUGUAGAAGCAGCUCCUUCCAGCAGCCCACUAGAGUGGUACUACAUUGUUGGACCGGUGGCUGCCGUCAUUUUCCUCUUCGCUCUCAUUGUACAUACUGAAAAGUGCCGCGCGGCAGCCCUCCAAGAAGAUGCAGGACCGGAUGAGCGAGGAGCAGCUGCAGCAAUUCCCAACAGUGAAGGGGGAGAACCCGGUGCUACUGUAUAUCCUUUUGUGACUGAGGUAGAUAUCAAUUAUUUGCCAUCUUCCCUGGUGAUGGACAAUAACGGUUUUGGUACUUUGGCACGCCCCCUUGUGACUGACGAGGAAAAUCCUUAUUGUUCAACAUGCUCUCUUGCGAUUUAGGAGGAAGACUCUAGCAAAUCAGUAUGCUCCCCUGUGAUAAAGGUAGAAGAUUUGGAAGCCACAGUAGGUCGUCCUGUGACUGAAAAGUAAAUCUUAACGCUUUAUUACAUCCUUUUGCCACUAAGGCGAACAGACCUGAUGCCUCACAAUUUCCUCCCGUAAUCGGGGAAGAUGUCGAUUCUUUUAAAUACCCUCCCCUGAUUGAAGAAGAAGCCCAUAUUGAUUACGUUUUCACACUAGAUGUCGAAGAAGGUAUAACUAGCAAACCUGUAACUGAUGCUAACGAUGAAGGUGCUACAGCAGUACAAUCUGUAAAGGAGGUAGGAGAGGAAGAACCUAAGACUUGCUAGCUUGAGAACACAAAGGAUGAACAAGACGAUAUUGAAAACAUAUGGAGGACCAAGGUGAUGCUGUAGACCUUUGUGAUGAAGCAGUUAAUGUGCAAGGGCAUAAUGGUUAUCAACUAGCGGCUGUGGAUACAGAAGAAAUCGAAAAUUACGAAGACGAGCAGCCCUCCGAAGCAACUCCUCUUGUGCAGGACUGAGGCAUGAUAGCAAAAUUGCUAAACCUUCAAUGUUGUAGUCUUUUAUUACUCAGUGGUAAUUUGAAGUUUAAAUUUCGAGAACCUUAGGCUUACCUCUCUGUAACUCCUGAUUUUAAGGUGUAAUGUUCAUCUUAUAUUUGUAAUGCUUUGUUAGUAAUGAUAAUCAUUUUUAUGGUUUAUAAAUGGAGGCUAAGCAGAAGUUUUCUGGAAAGAAAACUUGCCUAUUUACUUCACUUUUACACUUCUUAGUCUGGCGUUUAUUUACCUGUUGCACCCGUGAGUGCCUUUUGUGUUAUCAACUGUGGGCUGGUAGAGACGAAAAGAUACAAAAAAGAGGCAUCGCUGUUAAGGUAAUUCUUGUGACUGAUUGCCUCAGACAUAGAUAAUAAAUUUGUGAGUGUUGGUAUAAGUACAAGUAAUAUUUCCUAGCGCUUUAGGGAAGAAAAACAGUAUUGGUUUCUUCGUCUCGAAGCAAAGUUGCUCUUAGGAACUCAAAGUGACCGUUAAGAACGACAAACAAAUAGAUGUUGAUAUCUUUCAAGUCACUAUUAAUAUUGACCCUGCUAAAAAUAAUUAACUUGUUGUAAAACACUCUAU